ACAUGUGUUAUGUGACAUCCUGAUUAUCCAGGUACACGAUGCAAUGCUCACGUCUCAAGUGCUAUAGCACUAUAUAUGUACUACCCUGUCAAUAUGUCGAGGACAUGGCCAGGCCAAUUACAGUAAUUGGGGCCGGGUCUGAGAGUCACAGGAUGUAACGAUAUUGGUACAAGUGUGUAGCCAAGUAUCAGAACGCCAUUUUCAAACCAGCAAGCCUUUCCGCUAGUCUCCUGACGCCUACAACGUUUACAGCCAACUCUGUCGUCAUUCACCAGGCCACAUCACCUACACAGAAUAGUUUGGCCAUCUUUAACAGUGACCCUUCAACUUCAGCGUUCAAGAUAGCAUUGCAUCAAUAACAAGAGGUAUGGCCAGUGACGGAUAAGUCACGUGAAGAGUGGACAAUCGACUGCAAGAAUUAAACAUAUAUUACGGACCAAAGAACGACAGAGGUCACUGAACCUCUCCACGGGGUCAUCGGAUAGAUUGUUGGUGUCCAAGUUUUCAACCGUCAGCAGCUUGGUCAUUGGUCGCAGGAAACAGUGAGUCAUUCAUGACAGAUAUGUAUGGUCAGUGUAAACCGUCCAGGGCCCUUGUGGUAAGUUUUAUCAUGAUGAGUGUGGUCAUUGUACUUGCAAGGACACAGAAAACAAAAAACUUGUGUCCAGCUGAUGUAUGUCACUGUUACGGAAAAACUGUCGAAUGUUCCAGCCAGGAAAGUUCUGAUAUUCCGGAGGAUAUUCCAGACGGUACAAAAAAUCUCAAUUUGGCUGGUAAUCACCUGCGAACGCUAGACAAUGCCAGACUUCGGCCUUUAAAAAAGUUACGGUCACUUGACCUCCGUAACAACAACUUAGAGGAGAUAUCACGUGGUUCAUUUUCCGGUUUGAAAUCUCUACGGUUUUUACAUCUUGGCGGAAAUCAAUUGCAGCAUUUACCUAAUGGAGUUUUCGGUUAUCUCAAAAAUCUUGAAAAUCUUGUCCUUUCGAAUAAUGACCUUACCGACGUGGAAGGAGUGUUUGUAAACAUGUCCGAGAUUCUGCAGUUAGAUCUAUCAUCCAAUCGUAUUUCUCACCUGACCUCUCAAUCGUUUAAAGGAAUGAGUAGUUUACAGUAUCUUAACUUGGAGAAUAACAAUAUAUCCAGCAUAAGUUUACAGACUUUCUGGGGUAUGGCGUCACUACGGCAACUCAUAUUACGAGACAACUUCUUAAAACAAGCAGACGGGUUGUUCGUGGAUAACCCUGAUUUACAAACCGUUGAUUUAGCCAACAAUCGUCUUCAAUCCUUUCCACAAGUGCUACCUCUGCGUAUAGAGUUUUUACACCUGGAUCAGAAUAACAUAUCUACGAUUAGACGAGACGAUAUGAUCGGCUAUGUUAGACUAAGGAACCUUAUGCUAUAUCAAAAUUCAUUGACUUUGAUUGAAGACGACUGUUUUGCGGAAAUGGAAGAUCUGCAGGAAUUAUGGUUAAAUAUGAAUAACCUGUUAAAAAUUCCAGCAGGAUUGCCAACUGGCCUUCAACACUUAAGUCUUGACGAUAAUCAAGUAAGUGUUAUAAAUAGUAACGAUUUUCCCGCCAAUUCCAAUCUGCACAUACUGUCUCUGCAGUCUAACGCUAUAACACGUAUUGAAAAUGAGGCUUUCCAGAAUCUUGCUUCAUUGACUGAUCUAUUUCUCGGCGGAAACUAUAUAACCGUACUUCCUAAUAACGUUUUUUCAUCGUUAGUAAAUCUGGUACAUUUGAACCUGCUUAGGCUUGAUCUAGAUCUGAUAGAAGAGGACGCUUUCACUGGUUUGUCCAAUUUGAUGGCCCUUGAUCUUUCUUUUAUUAUUGUGAAAUCACCAACAGGGAUUCAAGGAAACAUUUUCAAAUGGCUGCCAAAUCUGACUACAUUGUCGCUGCAGGAGAGCCCCGAACUAGCAGCUAAACUUGUCUCCUCACAAGAAAUGCUGUCAAGUAUAAGCUCGGUACAGGAUCUAAACCUCAUGGAUAACACUAUCACAAGUCUCGGUUUGACAUUAAUCAGUAGACUAAAACAACUCAGAGUGAUCAAACUUUCCGGAAACCCUUUCCAUUGCGAUAGUCUGUUACGAUGGCUUCAAGAUUUCAUCAAGUUAGAAAGAAGCAAGUUUUUUAUGCCUUUUGAUAUAUUGUGCUACACUCCAAUCGAAUUACGUGGACAGUCUGUUAUGAGUAUUCAGUAUUCUGACUUCGUUCCCGCUACCACAACCACUACUACAAUGUUACCAACCACAACCAAAGUGGAUAACCAUCCAAGGACAGCAAGUGAACAGCCCGGGUACACUUUACAACCUUCAGUGACAUCAGUCGUUCCAGUAAUCAACACGACGGGUGUAACCAGGGUAACAAGUGCUCACAAAGGAACGAAGGAAAAUUUAUCAGAUGUAAACAACCAAUCAGAAGAGCACAAUUUCACGGUGAUCACCAUAGUAACGAGCAUUUCCACCGCGGCAGUAAUAAUUGUGAUUGCCGUGGUAAUUAUGGUAAUAUUUCACCGUCGGCGAUAUGUACAACGUGACUUUGAAUACUGUCGCGAAAAUGAGGUGGAAUUUUACGUCUCUGACGGAAGUGAUCGUCCUCCAGUCAAACUGACCCGCGAGGAGAGACAGUCACGUGGCUCAGUGACAUCCAAAGCAGAGGAAGACAUUACAAAUGAACUAGACCUUAGUAUGAGGGUCUACACGUGGGAUGACGGAGAGCAAUAGAAUCUUACUUCUAAUAAUACAUAAAGUAUUGACCUUGACCUCACGUUGUAAGUAGAUAAAAAUGAGAGACUAUGCAGCAAGCUUUCAUUUGAUUAACUUUUUGUUGAUAACGCAUUAACUACAGAAAUAAAUAGACAUAUUUUAUACAACUACUCUGACUUGCGACAUUUGCUAGUACACGUUGCCAAUGAGCUUUCGUCACCCUUGCAUGUACGUAGGUAUUCUAUGAUGUUGGUUAACUUUUACGCUGUCUAGUGCCCAAGAAUGACAUAAACAUCUGUGGAGCCAAAAUUGACUCCUAAUGGACAUUUGUUUGAGGCAAAUGUAUAUAAAUGGCGGAACCUACUAUGUGGUUGAUAAUAUUCACGGGGGAUUUAAUCCACUACACUCGCGGUCAAUGGUGAUAACAUGAAAUUAAAUACCACGAGAGCAUUUCUAGUGAAUGAAAAUCUGAGAACAUCUCUGUUUUGCCUCAAACUGGGACAACCGCGAAAUAUUUUGCCCACGAAGAUUAACAACUAUACAGUAUCAAAGAUCAGAUAAAGCUCUAUUUAAAACAAGCACGAUCUUUAACCUCAUGAAUAUGCAUGUACUUAACUUGAUCUCCGAUAUAGACUAUAAACUACAUCGCUAACUUCGGACACAGUGGUGACCUAGGAUAAAUAUGUGAAUAUUCAGAUUUAUACAGACGAUGUUCAUAUUAUACGAAUAUGCUUAAUUUAAAAUUCAUAUGUGUACUUUUUACAAUGAUAUUUGUAGUUAACAAGCAUUUGUUAUAUACCAAAUAUAGCCCCAGAUAUAUGGGUAUAAUACUUGCACUGCUAGAACUUGCAUUCCUUUAACAUCUGACGUAGGUCUAUAGCUUUUGAUCACGUGACCAAUUCAACUCCUGGACAAGUGAACGAUUUCUUUGGUUCACGUUAAAAUUGAUCUUCGUUACCACAUUUUAUUGACCUCUGACCUCAUACUGGUUUCACAUGUUGGGCAGCUGAUAAUUACCUUUGUGCAUAUUUAAAUUGACCGCUGACCUGGUUUAUCAUAUUAGAAUAGGAUAUGUAUAUAUUCUUCCUUUGAUUGCAAGUAUUGACCUUUUAAUAUUGACCAUGACAUCGUACAGCCAAAAAUAACCAAGUGCUGAAAAAUACUGUGGUUCAUUUUCGUGAUGAUGUUAUUUUCGACGAAGCUAUGAUAUCUUAUCAUAGGCCGUCGUACCAGGUACUCUUAAUUUGAGUUAUUAAAUUUGAGUUUGACCUCAAGAGAGUAUGAUAUGGUUUUACAGUAAACAUACCAUUGGUUUUUAACAGCACAAAUAUCUUCCAGUUAGAUUGACCUUGACCUCAGUUUUAUACCAAUCAUUUGAUACAUUGAUAUUCCCUUGAACUUUGACCUAAAAAUAUCCUGACCGAAACAAUUGAUAUCAGCAUAUAUAUAACAUUAGAAUGGGUUGUAAAACCGUGUAUGAAAUGUGAAAUAAAUUCUGUAACUUCUA